CUAACGGGAGGGAUGUCGCCCGCGUGGCGGGGAGCAGGAUGGGCCGGAGAGGCCACUGUAGGGGUACAGCGGUGAAAACCCAGCCCUCUCCUAAAACGCCCAGAGAGCUUGUGAUCUAUGUGCUUUUGAUACUUUGCAACCAGUCUUUUGUGACUCUAGCCACAAAUGACUCCUAUGUGAAAGGAGCGCUGGUACUUGGUUCAUCCUUGCAACAGUAUAGAACAACAAGGAAGCUGACUGCACUCAUAACUCCUCAGGUCUCAGAUCUUAUGAGGAGAGUGCUGGAAAAAGUCUUUGAUGAAGUCAUAUUGGUAAAUGUCUUGGAUAGUGGGGAUUCAGCACACUUGGCGUUAAUGAAAAGACCUGAGUUGGGUGUCACACUAACGAAGCUUCACUGCUGGGAACUGACACAGUUUUCAAAAUGUGUUUUCAUGGAUGCAGACACAAUGGUUUUGUCAAAUAUAGAUGAGCUUUUUGAGAGAGAAGAGCUAUCUGCAGCACCAGAUCCAGGCUGGCCCGACUGUUUUAAUUCAGGAGUUUUUGUUUACCGACCUUCCAUUGAAACAUACAGUCAGCUGUUGCAGUUUGCCACAGAGAAAGGCAGCUUUGAUGGUGCAGAUCAGGGGUUAUUAAACACCUUCUUCAGCAGCUGGGCAACAACAGACAUGAGCAAACAUCUACCGUUUAUUUAUAAUUUGAGCAGCACUUCUGUAUAUUCCUACCUUCCAGCAUUUAAAGCGUUUGGUGCAAAUACUAAGGUAGUGCAUUUCCUGGGAAGCACAAAGCCGUGGAACUAUACAUAUGACUCCAGAACAAAAAGCAUAAAGGGCAACAUGGAUGACCCUAAAAUAGUUCACCCAGAAUUCCUCAACAUGUGGUGGGAUACCUACAUAGCUGAUGUUUUACCAUUACUAGAACAGCAUGGAAUUGUUAAAGAAAUUACUCCAGGGGUAAAUAUGCUAUCGGGCUUGGUCUAUACUCUGGCUUUCUCUUGUGGCUUCUGUAGAGAGGCAGAAGUUACAGAGGCAGUGUCCCACGUAUCAGUAUCACCACUAUUACCAACUGAAUCUUCAGAAGAACGCAAGGAACGGUGGGAACAGGGCCAAGCUGACUAUAUGGGAGUGGAUUCCUUUGACAACAUCAAGAAGAAACUUGAUACCUACCUUCAGUAGAAGUGCCUGUCUCAAACAGUGGUGAUGCAAGGACUUGUUCCAGAACUAACAGCUAGAAAGGUAUAGAUGGUGGUCAGUUACACUUGCUAGUAGCUUGAGGAAAAACUUCUUGGCUGAAGGCCUCUGCAGUGCUACAGAUGAAGACUGAGCAAAAGCUAGGAAGCAGAAUCCUUGGGCCACCUAUUACUGCCCAAUUUCCAAUUCUCCAUACUAGAUAAAGCCAGGUAUUUUCAGCUUAAAAUUUCUUCUGUUUUGAUCAAUUGGCUCAACAUAUUCUUUAAACUGGGUUUGUUACCUCACCUCAUUAGGUGAUUAGCAUUGAUUCCUUUGCUUGCUGUUUUAGAUGUAAAAUCUAAUUCAUGGGAUUGCUCAUACACUGGAGUGGUAGCCAUUCUGCUUUACCAUAAAUGUAUUAAUGACACUGGGAUACAUACAUGUAACAGUAAUAGCACUGCUUUGCUCUUCCAGUCACAAUUGCACUGAAAUUUUGACCAGGUUCUUACGCACAGUGCCUGCAGCAUGGCAGAAUGCGUUUUUCAGUUCUGUAUACUAUGGGACUAGUAAACUGAGUUUUAUCUGUUCCUUGCAAUGUUGCACUUGAUAUAAAAAUAAAAAGUUGUCAUGCAUUUCUGUCUUC